AUGUGGAAUGCCAGCGAGAGACAAAGCGCCAAAGAGCAUAGCCCAGGCGCUUAUCGGGGAAAGAAGGACGAAAAAAACAAGGGCGUCUACAUCCCUGAGGCGUCGAUGUACGACGAGCAGCCUUCUUUUGCCCCUCUAAGAGACCCUGUUGUUUCGCAGAAGGCAGUUACUGUGUUUGGGUACUCUUCCGCCAACCUGGAGCACAUUCUAAGAAAGUUCAAGGGGAUUGGGCCAAUAAAAGAAAUACACUACGGAAAAAACUGGAUGGACAUCCGGUACGAAGCCGAGAAGUAUAUGUUUUUGGCGCUGCAGGAGAGCGGCAGAAUCAUCAACGGCGAAAUGAUAGGCGUUUUCCAGAAGUCCCGGAGAAACGUCCCCACGGCAAGAGUGGAAAACCCCAACGCGCUUUUGCGAAAAGACACUGGGCUUAUCGAAAGGGUGCUUUCCUACUUUUUUGGCUAG